AUGAGGUUCAAGAACUCACUGGCACCAAAGGUCGCUGAACAGGAUAAGAGGCGAAUCAGGGUCUACUGUCGAUACACCCUUCGCCCAAUCACGACGCCACGCCUCGUUCUUCUGGCACCUCCACCGAACUACCCGAGUUGUCCCGUCCCUCGCAUCACGCGUGCACCUCACAUCAUCCAUCAUCGCCUCGAAACACUCCAAUCCUGGCAAUUCCUCAAAGAUAUCCGCGACCGUGCACUUCUCCUUGCCCGUGACGCAGUUCCCCCACACAAGCAGCAAGCGCAGGUUCUGGAAGUUCCUGCGUUUGGAUCUGUCCUCGUAGCGCAGGCGGAAGAAGAACCAUCCCAGAUCGACGCCGCGCUCGUGCUUAGACGCUUCAUCCAUAAUCGCGGUGACGAACCAAGAGUGACUUUGCAACCAAGGUGGUCGAGCGGGCGAUACGACGCGAAAUGGAACCCAUACAAUUGA